AUGGCUAAAAUCCUCAUUACUGGCUCGAGUGACGGGAUCGGGCAGGCCGGAGCGAAACUGCUGGCCGACCAAGGGCAUAAAGUCUUUCUCCAUGCCCGAAACCAGGAGAGAGCGAAGCAAGCGAAAGACGCAGUACCAAAGGCAGAAGGGGUCGUUAUUGGAGACCUGUCAACAGUCGCUGGUGCAAAAGACACAGCAACAGAAGCGAACAAAGUCGGGCCAUUUGAUUCUAUUGUCCACAACGCGGGAUUAGGACCAUCGAAUGCGGAUCGAAAGACAGCAGACGGCCUGCAAUCAACCUUUGCGGUUAACUCGCUUGCCCCAUACAUCCUGACCUGUCUGAUGGACAAGCCGAAGCGCCUACUCUACCUCUCAUCACAGCUGCACUCUGGUGGCGAUGACAGUCUAAAGGACGUUGGCUACCAGCACAAGCAAUUCCAAUCAAUGCAAGCGUACAGCGACAGCAAGCUCCACGACAUCAUGCUCGCCAAAGCUGUGUCUCGCCGUUGGACAGACGUUCAGAGCUGUUCUUUGGAUCCUGGUUGGAUUGCCACUAAGAUGGGUGGCGCUGGAGCCCCGGGUAAGACUUCGACGCCUGCGAAAGCAAUGGUAGACUUUGCGAUCGGGCAGAGUGACAUCACGGGCGAUCAGACAGGUGUCUACUUCAACCCUCAGGGAGUACGGACGCCUCACAAAGGUGCGACCGAUGAGAGGAAGCAGGACGAAUUCAUGAAAAUUUGUGAGCAGCUGUCAGGGCUAAGCUUGCCGAAGUGA